AUGGACCCCUUUCCCAUACACAAAAUCAUCUGCCUUGUUUGUUGGUCAUUUUGGUUAUUCCCAUUCUGUGCAUCAUCCGGCAGCCGCCUUCUUCCCGACAAGCCGCUUUCUGCUGGAAGCACCAUCACCUCCGACGACGGCACUUUCGCCCUGGGAUUCUUCUCCCCGUCCAGCUCCGGCAGAAAACAUUACUACGUCGGAAUAUGGUACAAGAACAUACCCAAAGACAAUGUUGUGUGGGUUGCCAAUCGUGCUAUGCCGAUUGCUGAUCCUUCUUCUGUAACACUGGCCUUCACAAACGGAUCCAAUCUGGCCCUGUCAGACACCAAUGGCCAGCUUCUCUGGAUGACAGAUAUCAGCGCCGCAGGGAAUUCAUCGUCAGAGGCAACUGGUGGAGAAGCCACACUUGAUAACAAUGGGAAUUUUAUCCUUCGGUCAUCACAGGGCAUCAUCUUAUGGCAAAGCUUCGAUUAUCCGACCGACACUCUCCUUCCAGGUAUGAACCUCAGGAUCACCCACAAGACGCAUGGACUACAACGGCUCGUCUCUUGGAGAAACACCCAGGACCCAUCCCCGGGCAACUUCUCAUAUGGUGCACACCCUGAUGAGUUUCUGCGGCGUUUUUCAUGGAAUGGUUCGACACCAUACUGGCGAAGUCCAGCGUGGAAUAACUAUUUGUUAGUAGGGCGGUACGUCGAGAGUGUCAAGUCCACAAUUCACUUCACACUGAAUACUAUUGAUGAUGAGGUGUACAUUUCCUUUGGACUACCAGAACCAAGUGUCUCCUUAGUGCUACUGAAGAUGGACUACUCAGGAAAGAUGAAGUUACGAACCUGGAAUAGCAACAUGUCCAAAUGGGCUGACCUGCGAUCAGAACCUAAACAGGAAUGCAACAAAUUUGGUUACUGUGGUCCAUUUGGUUACUGCGACAACACGCAGCCUAUUGUGACAUGCAAGUGUAUUGAUGGCUUUGAGCCAAACAACAAGCAAGACUGGACGGGGCACAGGUUUUCGCAGGGAUGCCACCGGAUGGAAGCACUAAGAUGUGGUCAACGGGAUAGCUUCUUAAAUUUGCCAAGCAUGAAGGUUCCCCACGAGUCCUUGCAUGUCAAGAAUAUAAGCUUAGAUGAAUGCAUAGCAGAAUGCACCAGCAACUGCUCCUGCACGGCGUAUGCUUUCGCCAAUACGAGCACCAAGGAUAUCAAUGGGGAUGAAACUAGGUGCCUAUUAUGGAACGGAGAUUUGAUUGACACAGAGAAGCUCAUUGGACAAGGGCAAAACCUCUAUAUCCGGGUUAAUGGAUUGAGUGAUAAAAAGCGGAAGAGCACUGUUUUAAAAAUUACACUGCCAGUCGUGUCAAGCUUGCUCAUAAUCAUAUGGGUGUGCCUUGUUUGGAUCUGCUGCUUGGGAGGCAAACAAAGAAACAAGAAAAUUUGGAAGAAGCUGAUGUCAGGAACUUCGAGCACUUCAGUUGAACUUUGCGACGGAAACUUAAAGUAUCCUUCUAUUAGGUUCAAAGAAAUUGUACUUGCAACAAACAAUUUCUCUAACUCCAACAAGCUUGGACAUGGAGGUUUUGGCAAUGUUUACAAGGGAACGUUAGAAGAUGGUACAGAAAUUGCUGUGAAAAGGCUUAGGAAGGGUUCUGGCCAGGGAGUACUGGAGUUCAGAAAUGAAGUACUACUCAUUGCGAAGUUGCAGCAUAAAAACUUGGUUAGACUUCUCAGCUUCUGCAUCCAUGGAGAUGAGAAACUAUUAAUAUAUGAAUACUUACCUAACAAAAGUCUGGAUGCCAUGCUUUUCGAUGCCACAAGAAAAUCAAUGCUUAAUUGGCCAAUAAGAUUCGAGAUAAUCAAAGGGGUAGCUAGAGGACUUCUUUAUCUUCAUCAGGAUUCAAGGUUGAAGAUAAUUCACAGGGAUCUCAAAGCAAGCAACAUAUUAUUAGAUGCCGAAAUAAGCCCUAAGAUAUCUGAUUUUGGUAUAGCAAGGAUAUUUGGUGUCGAUCAGCAGCAAGAAAAUACCAACCGCGUUGUUGGCACAUAG